AAUACUGCUCGUCUCAAUUUCCUUCGUCUCCACAUACUUCAUCUUCUUCUCUAUUGCAACAACAUUUUGCGAGGAAGAGAUUGCAAACAAAUGGAGGCAUUGAGGAUGAGGCUACUUUUCGCCGUGGCCGUCGUGUUGAUGGCCACGUCAACGAUCCAGAACGUUGCGGCAGCCGAUGGCCCGGCCCCUAGCCCUACCUCCGAUGCCACCGUCUUUGUGCCGAUGGUGUUUGCUUCCCUUCUUGCUCUUGCAUUUGGUCUCCUCUUGUAAGAUGGGUGGCGUUUGAUGGAAUAGUGGCAUUUUCUUUUAUGUUGUUGAUAUUUCAUGUAGAUCUCUUUCGUGUGGGGUUGUUUUCUUUUGUCCUUUCUCUCCGGAGGGCAUACGGCUCUUGUUAAAAGCUUGGGGAUUAUUAUUGGUUGGGAUUUCGUUGUGGAUUGGUGGAUAUAUUCUCACAUUUUGCUUCUAUUUUAAUGUAUAAUUGAUGUGACCCUAAUGAAAUUAUUUGUUUUCUCUUUA